UUGGGCUGUUCAUUUCUCUUUUACUCCUGCUCUGCUGCUGCUGCUACAUGAGGGUUGUGUCACAUGUUUCUUUAUUCGCAAAUCCGCCUUCUCUUAUUCUGUAAUGAUUUGGGCUGACACUGUCAUCGUAAUGGUAAUUCAUAGCUAGGUAGCCAUGGUGAAGUCGAUUUCCCUCCUCCCUCUGCCACUGCUGAAUGCAUUAGUCUAAUGAGAUGUCUGCAGCCUGGGUGCUGAGCAGCAGCAGCGGCGGCAGCGGCAGCAGCAGCAGUGUGUAAACCAAAGGAAGACACAGGAAAAAUCCACAUACAGCAAAGACAAUGGCGGCUUUAACAAGCAUUGAGAGGGAUUUAUAGUCACCUUUAGGCUCUGGAAAUUUAAGACUUUAAGGAGCUUGGCUCGUUGGGUUUUCACACCAGAAGACAGCAGUUCCAAAUGAGUGUACCUGCAGCAACGGCACAGAAAUCAGAAGGCAACAACAGCGACAUGCAAUCAGCUGCAGUGGCUCCCUCCUUCAUUCCCAGCCAGUCGGGGAAGAUACCAGGCAGAAAGAGAGGAAGACCCCCACUACGUAAUGUUGCUAAGCUGGAUUUUCCAAAUCGCUACCCAGAAUCGCUCCCUCCUCUCAAAGUGCCCAAGAAGAGGGGGAGAAAGCCAGGCUUUAAGCUUAAACCCAGGAUGGUGAUGACACCACUGGCUAUUUCUCCACCGAGCAGCACCCCAGAGCCGGACAUGAGCUCCAUUCCCCAGGAUGCUGCCACCAUCCCUCACUCAGCCACACCCCAGGUGCUCACAGUCUGUAUCUACAUCAACAAACAAGCCAACACGGGCCCUAACCUGGACAGGAAGAAGAUCCAGCAGCUCCCAGAUCACUUUGGACCCGACAGACCCUCUGUGGUGCUGCAGCAGGCUGUGCAGGGCUGCAUUGACAGUGCCUUUCAGCAGAAAACAGUGUUCACCCUCCUGACGCAAGGCUACGGGGGAGAAAAAAUAUCAGCCACAUUUGAUGGGAAGCAGCACCUCCUGAGUCUCCCUGUGGUGAACAGUAUUGACUACGUACUUCGCUUUCUGAAGAAACUCUGUCGCAGCUUGCACUGUGAGAACCUCUUCAGCGAUCAGCCCAUUACCCAGCACAGUGGUGACUCCUACCAGUCAGAUGCUGAAACUUCGAUGGUAGAGGACUACCAUGUAGACCAGUCAGAAGGAAAACGCUACUCAGUAGAUCUUGGGGAUUCCGCUUUCAGCUCUAUAAGCUCCGCCUACUCCCCAAAGGCCUCCUACGGGUUCCGCUCCUCACAACAGUUCUCCAGUGGAUCUGUCUCCAUGAACAUGUGCAGACAGUCAUCGACCAGCCCAAACACUUUUCCAGACAGCAACAGGACAGGAGGUUACACCACAACUCCAGAGUCUCAAGAGUCCAAAGCUCCACCAAACAAAGACCCAACCACCUGGUCUGUUGAUGAUGUUGUGUGGUUCAUCAGAGACGCAGACCCACAUGCUCUUGGACCUCACGCCGAUGUCUUCAGGAAACACGAAAUUGAUGGGAACGCUCUUUUACUCCUAAAGAGUGACAUGAUCAUGAAGUACCUCGGGCUGAAGCUGGGACCAGCCCUAAAGCUUUGCUACCACAUCGACAAGCUAAAGCAGAACAAGUUCUGAAAACAUUUCAUGGUGUUUCUCCUUCUUAAAACCAAUUCACAAAGUAGGGCCAGAGCUGACACAGCCCUGGUUCUAAGUCCAGCAGGUUUGAGGUGAGUCUCUUUCUUGAAGGUUCCCGAGGUUGAUGUCACUUACGGUAUUUUAUUGUCUCAUAAAGGGACUAGCUAAUACUUCUUUCAGUACAUUUAGGAAAAAUAUUCCAGUGGAUUAAAGUGAAAAAAUGUAGUGAGCCACAAAGGGCUCCAACAUACGGCUGGUGUUGUUAUGAGUUAAUAGGGCUAACGUAAAAGAAUAUAUCCUUUCUUCAUUUUUACACAAUGUCAUGGUAAUAAGCUACCAAACGAUACUAUAGAAAUUUGUUACUAUACAAUACAAUACAAUACAAUACUUGGACCUGGAAGAACAAUUCUGGUCACUUUUUAUGGAAGAAUACAUGUUACUACCACAUAUCAUAUUAUCAUCUUCAGAACACUAUUACCAUUAUUACUGCCACUCAGUGGAAGUCCAGUCUCGCUCUCAGUUUGUUGCUGCGCAGAAAAUGCAGUGCGUUUGUUUUGGCGUGCUCACAGAGGAUUGAUGCCAACGGUGGAAGCUGCAAAAGUGCAAUAAAGCUGAAGUGGGCUGUAGAAUUACGUGAACGACUCUGCACUCUGAUAUUAAAAUGGUUCCUGUGUCUUUGAAAAGUUAAACAUAGAAAUAUGAAUGUUUUUAAUGAAGCUCAAUAAAACAGGUGCAUGUGUGAGGAUGCACCCCACAGAGAGGUGAAGUAUCGUCAACUCUCUCGUGAAGUAUCCUAUAGUCUGGUACUCACAUGCGGCCUCAUUCCCAAUGUAUAGUAAAUUAGUUUGAGAUUUUAACACAGAGGUUCUUAAAUGGUGGAUCGUGGACCAAAAGUGGGUCACAUUUGGUGCAAAGUUGACUUGGGGUUAGGCUAGACAAAACUGAAUGGUCCAAAAAUUGGACCUUAGGUUAAGUGGAAGUCCUAAGGGUUUUUUUUAUUGGACAACCACUGUGGUACAGAAAGCAUGUACAGUGUAUACUGUACAUUCAUCACCUGAGCAGAAAUGUAUAUCAGACAACAUUUUAUAUAGACAAGCCUGGUUCAUCAGAUUUCACUAUAGGAUCUCACUUACUGGUGUUUAAACAUAUCUAUUACUGCACUGAAAUGGUGCAUUAUACUACAGUGCUUUUAAAAAACAUUUUAUACUAUUAUUCCUAUAUACAAAUGUGUCUCCAUUUGAUUUAACAAUUGUUUUCUUCUUAUAAUUAAAAUGAAACCACUUGCUAAAUUAAGAGCAUUAUACACAUGAUAUAAUAAGAUUUAAGUGAAUUCACAUACUAUCUUCAUACAAUCCUAACUGAAACAUUUGAUUAUUUUAUAUGAAUUGUAGGGCCCUUUUGGUUUAUACAGACAUUACACACAAACACUAUUGUAAAAACCCCACGGCUAAGUACUGUAAAUGGAUAUACUAUAAUAUUGUUUUUGUAUACCACUUUUGGUGUACAGUAUGCAUCAUUUUUAAUGGAAUAACCUUUG